AUGGCGUUAGUGUCGCGUUUAUAAAUAAUAAUAAAUUAUUAUUUUUUAUUAACAAAUAUUUAUAAAUUACAUUGUUUAUUGUUUAUUGUUAUUGUUGGUAAUUUUAUUUAUUCAUUUUUUUUUUUCAUUGAUGAUAAAAGUAAUAAAUACACUUUUUUUUUUUUUUCGUUUUUUUUUUUGUUUUUAGUUUAUGGAUUUGAUGAAAAAUAAAUUUUAAUUGUUUAUUUGUAUUGUGUCAGUGUCAUAAAGUGUUUUUUUUUUUUUUUUUUUUCUACACGUGGUUGUCAAUUGUUUAUAAUAAUUUAUAUAAACUUUUAAAAUAAUUUUUUAAGACACCGCCAUUUUUAAGAAAAAAAACAAGCGUUACAAUGAAUAAUUGUUCAAGGCUAUCAAUUCGUUAUUUAUCAACACAAUCAUCAGCAACAUCUGAUACGAAAGCUGCUAAAUUAUUAGAUAAAAUAAUUCGUGUUAAUCAUGCUGGUGAAUUGGGAGCUGAUCGUAUUUAUGCUGGUCAAUAUGCUGUACUAGGUAAAACAGCAUCAGCUCCAACAAUAAAACACAUGUGGGAACAAGAAAAAAAACAUCGUGAUGAAUUUGAACAACUUAUUAAAAAAUAUCGUGUUCGACCAACGGCAAUGUUACCAUUAUGGAAUGUUGCUGGUUUUUUAUUGGGUGCUGGUACUGGAUUAAUUGGUGAAAAAGCAGCAAUGGCAUGUACUGUUGCUGUUGAAACAGUUAUUGUUGAACAUUAUAAUGAUCAGCUACGUCAAUUAAUGGAUGAUGAUAAUGUUAAUAAAGAAUUAAUGGAUACAAUUAAAAAAUUUCGUGAUGAAGAACAAGAACAUCAUGAUACUGGUAUUGUUAAUGGAGCUGAACAAGCACCAUUUUAUCAGUUGUUAACAAAUGUCAUUAAGACUGGUUGUAAAACAGCUAUUAAAAUAUCAAAAGUUAUUUAAAUUAAUGUGUAUUAAUUACCUCCUUCACAAUAUGGUCCUUGAAAACCUGGUGGACAUGAACAAACACCUGGUGCUGUACAAUUACCACCAUUCAUACAAUUUGGAUAACAAAGUGCUGUUUUACAAAGUGGUGGUCCUAAGUAACCAUUU